CGAAAUAACAGCGGCAGCGAUGACGAUAUCGGAAGCGUCAAAAUUUCCUUUUUCUUAUACACACUUUCCCAAAUUGAAGAGCGUCCGAUUUUGUCGGGACCCUUGGCUACGCAUGGGUCUCUUCGAACCGGUUCCUGGGCCUACCCCCCAUCUUUCGAACGGAUUUGACUUUGGAUCACAUCACUCGGAACUACCUACAUAUUACGGACUGACACGACAGACGCUGUCAACGUAGCUCUUGACGACU